AUGGACGGCUUCUCGAUCAUCAAGGAGCACUCCAAGGAAUCGCGCCAAACGAGCUCUGACAAGACGCGUGCCUGCCAGUGGAAAGUCUUGAUUCUAGACGAAAUCACCAAGAAGAUCGUCGACAGCACUGUCAACGAAGAUGACAUUCUGAACCACAAUAUAGCCAAUGUCGAGCGCAUCGAGGAGCGCAGGGAUAACAACCCCGGCAUAGACGCAAUUUACAUUCUCUCGCCCCAGCCACACAUUCUCGACUGUCUCCUCGCCGACUUCCAGUGCGGCCGGUACAGGCGCAGUUUCAUAGUCUGGACCGGCCUCUUGCCUGCCCAGCUGUCGCGCCGCCUUGAUGUCUUCAAGCGGCAAAUGGGAGCUCCCCCCGAGCUCCUGCUCGUGAACUUUUACCCUCGCGAAUCGCACCUCGUCACCUUCCAGGACCCCCACAGCUUCCUUGUCCUGUACAACCCUCUCUGCAACGACCUUGUGGAGAGGCAUCUGCGCACGUUAGCAUCCAAGAUCGCAUCCCUCUGCAUUACCUUGCAAGAGCUGCCCAAAAUCCGCUAUUUUCAGCCGCCCGAUCACUUCAAGCACGAAGCAAGAGUAUUGUGUAUGUACCUUGCUCGCUUCGUCCAAGAGGAGUUAGAUGGCUACCGAAACUGGGACCGUAGCUUCCCGCCCCAAACCUCGCGGCCUCAAUCUGUGCUGCUCAUCACCGACAGAUCGAUGGAUUUGAUGGCUCCCCUGCUGCACGAAUUCACAUACCAAGCCAUGGCCCAUGACCUCCUUCCCAUAAAAGAUCGGGAUGACGGCAAGUUGACAUUUCACAUGACUAUCAAUGAGGGCACCGCGAACGCUGAAGAAAAAGACAUGGAGAUCCUGGAGAAGGACCCCGUCUGGGUGUCCAAUAGACAUCAACACAUGAAAGAUACAAUCGACAAACUCAUGGCCGACUUCCAGAAAUUCAUCGACCAGAACCCCGGCCUUGCGGGCAAGGACGCGAGCGGAGCAAGCCUGAACGACAUCAGAAACAUGCUGGCAGGCCUGCCACAGUUUCAAGAGAUGAAGCAGGCCUACUCGCUGCAUCUCACCAUGGCGCAGGAGGCCAUGAACCUCUUCCAAAAGCAUAAGCUUUCGGAUAUCGCUUCAGUAGAACAAACCCUGGCCACCGGUCUCGAUGAGGAUCGUAAAAAGCCCAAGAACAUCCUGGACCAAGUAGUCCGCCUCUUAGAUGAUCCGGAUGUCACUGAGACAGACAGGUUGCGCCUCAUCGCCAUCUAUGUGCUCUACCGCGGGGGCAUGAUUGAAAAGGAUCUCUCCCGACUGCUAUGGCACGCGUCGUUGCAACGAUCGCGAGACAGUCUUGACCAGGCGACCAUUGAACAUCUCGAGUUGCUUGGUGCCCGUCCAUUCCGCGACCUCAAAGAGAAGAGUCAACCUUUACCCCUUCUCUUCGAGCAAAACACCAAAUCCUCCACGCUCAGUGACGAGUACAUGCUGUCCCGCUUCGAACCGGCAGUCAAGCUCAUGCUCGAGAACCUCUGCGCGGGGACGCUCGAUCCCAACCUCUUCCCAUACACUGUCCCGCCGCAAAACGCCGCCGAGGAGUCGCUUGCGGCCCAGGGGUCCCUGCGGUCCGCCGCACCGCGCUGGGCGUCGGCCAACCGCCGCCAGACCGAGAACCGCCAGCGCAUCAUUGUCUUUGUCGCCGGCGGCGCCACCUACUCCGAGUCGCGCGCCUGCUACGAGGUCUCAGAGAAGCACAACCGCGAUGUCUUCCUGGCCACCACUCACAUGGUUACCCCAGGCAAGUUUGUCGACGACCUGCGCAUGCUCAAGGCCGACCGCCGCCGCCUCGCCCUGCCAAUGGACCGCCCACCCCCGAAAGCCCCGGCCCAUUUGACCGAACGCCCCGCGCCGCCUGCCCCGGCUCCAGGCUCAGCGCCGCAUCCGAACCAUUUGCACCCGCACCAUCCAGGACAGCCGGGACAGCGCGUGGGAGGCACAGGCGGCCACGUGCCGCCCCCGCGUCCGCAGCCCCCAACGAAAGCCCUCGGCGCCAUGUCGUUGAGCAGCGGGGGCGGUGACGGGAGCCGUCCCGGCACCAGCGGAUCGGAUGGCGGCAAGUCAGGCAAGAAGGACAAGGAGAAGAAGAAGAGGAACAUCUUUGGGAUCAAGAAGUAG